UAAGACAGCACUGGCAGCAGAGAUCUGCCAUAGAUAAAUAAACAGACACACAGCAAAGCCAGAGAGAGAGAGGAAGCAUCAAAAUGGAGGACUGCUGCUUGUGUAGAAUAAUUCAGUAUUAUUAGAUUGUCUGUGUGUGUGGCUUUUAUUUAAUCUGUUUUAUAUUAAGGGCAGUGUCAUCAUUUUGGAGGCAAAGGUGGCAUCGUUGUGUUGUGAGAAGAGCGGUCGGUCCAUCUUCUGAAGAAAGUGGACAGUCAAUCAGACUGAAGGCAUUUGCCCUCAUUUCAGAGAUCCUGUUGUUUCGGAGUAAAAAUGGAUCAGAAAAGCUUCAUCCUCUCAGACACACACCUGUGAACACCAGAGCCAAUGGAUAUUAAAGGCCAGUGCUGGACAGAUGAAGAAUCAGAUGGAGAGAAUGAAUCGGAGCAGUUCCUGUAUGGUAUUCAGGGGAGCUGUGCAGCUGACCUGUAUCGUCACCCGCAACUGGACGCUGAUAUUGAAGCUGUAAAAGACAUCUACACGGACAGCGCUGUUUCUGUCAGAGAGUACGGCACGAUUGAUGAUGUGGACAUCGACCUACAAAUCAACAUCAGCUUCCUGGAUGAGGAGGUGGCGACCGCAUGGAAGGUAAUUCGAACAGAACCCAUUGUCUUGCGUCUCCGUUUCUCUCUUUCACAGUACCUAGAUGGACCAGAACCAUCUGUGGACAUUUUCCAACCAUCUAAUAAGGAAGGCUUUAGCUUGGGCGUCCAACUAAAGAAGAUUCUCAGCACGUUCACAUCUCAGCAGUGGAAACAUCUCAGUAAUGAGUUCCUCAAAGCUCAACAGGAGAAACGACACAGCUGGUUCAAAGCUGGAGGAACCAUCAAGAAAUUCCGUGCCGGACUGAGUAUCUUCUCCCCGAUCCCAAAGUCUCCCAGUUUCCCUCUGAUCCAGGACACCAUUUUGAAAGGCAAACUGAGUGUCCCUGAGCUCAGAGUCACCAGGCUCAUGAACCGCUCCAUCUCUUGUACCAUGAAGAACCCAAAGGGGGAGCUGUUUAGCUACCCUCCAAACAGCCAGACUGUAGCUGUGCCGGCGGGCCGGGCCCCUGCGCAGAUUACCACCCGCCAGCUGAUUGAGUUGUUUUUCUCAUCCCAGGCGGGCGGACACUGCAAGAACAUCCCCACGCUGGAGUACGGCUUCCUCGUCCAGAUCAUGAAAUACUCUGAGCAGCGUAUACCCACUCUAAACGAGUACUGUGUGGUUUGUGACGAGCAGCAUGUCUUUCAGAACGGAUCCAUGCUGAAGCCUGCAGUGUGCACGAGAGAGCUGUGUGUGUUUUCAUUCUACACACUGGGCGUGAUGUCAGGUGCUGCUGAAGAGGUCGCCACAGGUGCUGAGGUUGUGGAUCUGUUGGUGGCCAUGUGUCGAGCCGCUCUGGAGUCGCCCCGUAAAAGUAUCAUCUUUGAGCCGUAUCCAUCUGUGGUUGACCCCAGUGACCCCAAAACUCUCGCCUUCAACCCGAAGAAGAAGAAUUAUGAGCGUUUGCAGAAAGCUCUUGACAGUGUGAUGUCUAUUCGAGAGAUGACACAGGGCUCAUAUCUGGAGAUUAAGAAGCAGAUGGAUAAAUUGGAUCCUUUGGCCCAUCCAUUACUGCAGUGGAUCAUUUCCAGUAACAGGUCACAUAUUGUGAAGCUGCCACUCAGUAGGCAACUAAAGUUCAUGCACACAUCUCAUCAGUUUCUGCUGUUAAGCAGUCCGCCAGCGAAAGAAGCUCGAUUCCGCACCGCAAAGAAACUCUACGGCAGCACGUUUGCGUUUCAUGGUUCCCAUAUUGAGAACUGGCACUCUGUUCUGAGAAAUGGACUUGUCAAUGCCUCUUAUACCAAACUACAGCUGCAUGGAGCAGCGUAUGGGAAGGGCAUCUAUCUGAGCCCUAUAUCCAGCAUUUCCUUUGGAUACUCGGGAAUGGGGAAGGGGCAACAUCGCAUGCCCACAAAAGAUGAACUAGUCCAGCGAUAUAAUCGAAUGAACACUAUGCCACAGAGUCGUCCGAUACAGUCACGAUUCCUCCAGAGCAGAAAUUUAAACUGCAUUGCUCUUUGUGAAGUAAUAACAUCUAAAGACCUACAGAAACAUGGAAAUAUCUGGGUGUGUCCGGUGUCUGAUCACGUCUGCACACGCUUCUUUUUUGUGUAUGAGGAUGGUCAGGUAGGAGAUGCUAAUAUUAACACACAGGAGCCCAAGAUACAGAAGGAAAUCAUGCGGGUGAUUGGCACACAAAUCUACUCCAGCUGAAUGAGGUUUCCCUCGGACACUGCUUGGAUUUUCAAAGCCGAGACAGACACAUUCCUGGGCUCCAAACUCACUCAAGGGUGGAAACACAGAGGAGCCCAGCAUCUCUCCUGCCUGCCCUCUUUACUCUACUCUACUCCAUCUAUACUUUCUGUUAUCCUGUCUUUUGUAGGGAGUGUGGGACAUGCGUUUCCUCCAGUGUGGUUUUCCUUUGUGGGACGGAUGUACAACCGCCUGUUUCUCUCUCAACAGGAAAUUAGAUUUAAGAAACUGCAGGGACAUACGUAGAAGCUUUUAUCUGCUCACUUCAAAGAAUUGCUGCUUUCCCAGAGUUCCCAGUGUUGAUGUGACAGAUUCUGAAAGCCAAUAACAGUGCAAAAAGCCCCUCCCACAUCUCUUUGUGACAUCUCUGUGACUACCUGCCAAGCUGCUGUCAGUCAAAACAAGACAAAUGCUUGAUUGGAGGGAGCAGUUGUCUAUUGAAACUGUUUUGAACUUGCUCAAGCAAGUUACAUCUGUCAAAUUCUCUCAUUUACUUUUUAAACUCUUUUUAUAUCAAAUGCAUCUGUUUGACAAACCAUUUCUUGCACAAAGGGGGGAAAUUACUAUAUUGAAUUGCGCCUGCUGAUAGCGCCGUUUAUUUGCACAUGCAUUCUUUUUUCUUUUUUUUCUCCCCUUUUUCUCCCCAAUUUGGAGUGCCCAAUUCCCAAUGCGCUCUAAGUCCUCAUGGUGGAGUAGUGAUUUGCAUCAGUCCGGGUGGCGGAGGACGACUCUCAGUUGCCUCCGCAUCUGAGACCGUCAAUCCGUGCAUCUUAUCACGUGGCUUGUUGACUGCGUCACCGCGGAGACAUAGUGCGUGUGGAUGCUUCACUCUAUUCUCAGCGGCAUACAUGCACAACUCACCACGUGACCCACUUAGAGCGAGAACCACAUUAUGGUGAUCAUGAGGAGGUUACCCCAUGUGACUCUACCCUCCCUAGCAACUGGGCCAAUAUGGUUGCUUAGGAGACCUGGCUGGAGUCACUCAGCAAGCCCUGGAUUCAAACUCGUGACUCCAGGCGUGGUAGUCAGCGUCUUUACUCGCUGAGCUACCCAGGCCCCCAACAAGGUGCAUUCUUUAAUAAGCCCAAUUUGCAUAGGAAGGAGACUUGUUUAUCCUGUAAAGAAUGAUAAAGACAUAUUUUAAAUACGGCACAGUGCUAUAUCAGAGUGCCUGGUUAAACUGGAUUGUGGUUUGUGUGCCGAAAAUGUGCCGCAACUAUUUAGGGAAUUUGCCCCUAUCUCUUGUUUCCUUUAAAACUCUCUUCAUAUCAAAUUCAAUCUGUUCAAUUUGUUUCUCGCGCUAAAAAUAUUUAAACACGUUAAAGAAAGUCAUUUAAAAAUGUUUAUGCAGUUUUUUGUCACUGGAGUGUAAAUGAUGGAUCUUUGUGCGUUUUUAUUAUGUUUGUAAAGCGCAAUCUUCAUAUCACUGCUCGGCUGCUCUUACUGAGUGAUGACAUAUAUUAAUAUCCCAGAUGUAUUUAUCUCUGAGUUUUUUGCCGAAAUCAAUUUCCUGACUUUUGUUUCUCAGCUCACUGAACUCCGCUUGCGUACAAACGCUUGCCGUGAUUUAUCACGGAACUUUCUCUUUUGGAAAGUCACGGAAAUUUUUUUUCUUGCUGUUGGACCAAAUGGGAACACAAAAAUGAUAUUUACUGUGGUCUCCCAUUCACCCACUAUAGUUUACUUCCACUCUUUAAAACUGGAAAUGUGAAAAGGGUCCAUUUAUUCCUUUGGGACGUUCUGAAAAGCUUGUAUAAAAUGUCUGAGAUGUAUUUCUGCUCUCAAUUCUUGGACAUUCCUGAAUACGUGUUGAUAAUUUCCACAAAAGCUUACCUCCUUUUCUCUGCAGUAGACUUCUCUGUGUUGACUUUAUUCUGUUUGUUCUCUCUGACUUUUGGUAAACACGUGAAAGUCUCUCAGUGUGUCUCUCUAAGUUGUACAUUAUUUUGUAGAGUUUAUUUUCGGAUGUCGUGCUGAUGUCUGAUUCUCUCUAAUGCACCUUCUCUUCGACAUGCCCUUGGCUUUGUUAGACUGGCAAACAAAGGCGUGAAACGGUCAGGAAUGUUGAUUCUUUUUAUGAAAUCAGGUUUGGAGGCUGUGUGUUGGAGGUGUAGAUUGACCUGUAAUAACAACAAUGGGAAUGGAGUAAUUGUACCGGUGGAAUGUUUUUAGCCGGUCUGGGAUGAACUUUCUGAUUUACUGUUCUUUGGUUAUGCUGAAUGCACUGCGGUAUAAAGGUGGAAUUGGGCCGAAACUAAUGAAUAAAGAGAUUUUGCACAAUUGUAGUUUAAUUUCUCUGAAUUUUAUCAAUUUCAUCAGCACUUGAAGUUUGAGGAGCCAUUCAUUCAUUCAAAUGAGGUUCUCAUAAGAAAAUACACUAUAAAUCAAAUCCUGCUGUUCCCCGGUACAUGUCCAGCCCUGAUCACCCGCACAGCAGCUCUCCUCCACUAGAGGGAACUCAGGAGCUACAAACCUCCUCCUCCAACUGUCUCGUUUCUCACACACAUUUUGUUUCAGCAAUAAAAGGUAUCCUGAUAAGAGGGUGCAGGGUUAGAAGGGGCUGUGUCCUUCAUUUUCUCAUCUCCUGUAUUUUUUUUUCUCUUCUCUCAAUCUUUCUUUCUCUGGUAGUGUCUUGUGGAGUAAACACAGACUUAAUAAUGAAAUCCGCCCCCCAGAAACUUUUGACGCCCCUAUCC